AUCAGUCUCGCCUCGACAGACACACACGAUGGAGCCCCGCGCGUCGCCGUUCUACGACGGCGACGUCGCCGGCGCGAUCGCGCUCGCGAGAGCGCACAACGUCCCCCUCCUCGUCGCGCUUCACGGCGGCGACGACGCGAGCGCGAGGCUGGACGAGACGUGGACGUCGGAGACGUCCGAGGUUUCGCGCGAGAUUCGCGGCGAGACGCGCGCGGCGGGCGAAGACGGCGACGGCGACGGCGACCGCGAGGGGGUCCCUCCGCGCGCGCGAUGGGUCGCGCUCCGCCUCGACGCGAACACGACGGACUACGCCAACUUCGUGAAACUGUUCCCGACGUCGUCGCUGCCCGCGGUCGUCGUGAUCGACCCGAGCGCGGGGUCGACGCUCGCGCGUCUCGAGGGCGAGGCCGCGACGAGCGACGCGCCGGACGAUCUGCUCGCGGCGUUGACGGCGUGUCGCGAAGCGCACGAGCGGCGGCGCUCGACCGCGGCGCUCGCGACCGCGCUCGCCGCCACCGCGGCGGCGACUCCGGCUCCGCCUUCGCCUCCGGCGGUCGCGGAGGUCGCGGAGGUCGCGGAGGUCGCCGCGGCGCCGCCGCCGGCGCCUCCUCCUCCGCCUCCGCCGCCGCCGGUCGCGCCGCCGCCGCCGCCGCCGCCGCCGCCCGUGGGCAAGUCCAAGCGCGAGUUGCGCGAGACGCCCCCGCCAAAACGCGCGCCGUCGCCGCCGCCGCUGCCGCGACGGCCGAUCGACGUCAGGUGCCAAGUCAAACUCCCGAACGGCGCGACGAUCACCACGCCGGACCUCCCUCCCUCGGACGUCACGACGAUCCGCGACGUGCGAAGAGCGAUCGAGCCCGACGCCGCGAGCGCGGGGGUGACCGCGUUUGAGCUUUGGACGACGUGGCCGCGCGCGCGCGUGGACGAACGCGGCGGCGCCGACGCGAGGACGCUGGACGCCGCGGGGUUAGGACCUCGGCCGUCGCUGAUGGUCGUCGGCGUGGACGACGCGAGGAGGAGGCGGCAGCGCGGCGAGGCCGCGCUGAGGCCGAGGCCGGCGGUUUCGGCGGGGGGUGGGGGUGGGGUGGGGAGGAGGGCGAACGCGGCGGCGGCGGGCGGCCCGCUCGCGAUCGCGCUCGAGAUUUUACGGCGGAUCUGGGCGACGGUGUCGAUGUUCUUGGGGUUGAACGAGGCGCCGCCGCUCCGUGGCGGGGAGCGCGCGGAGAGAGGAGAUGACGCGGCGCGCGGCGGCGGCGGCGGCGAGCGACGCUGGUCGAGGAGCGAAGCCGUCGCGGCGUCGAACGCGGCGCGCGCGUUCGCGUUCGGCGACGGCGGCGCGUCGUCGCCGCCGCCCUCGGCGUCCGCGCCGCGCCGCGCGCCCGGCGGGGGCGCGGCCGGGGGCAACGUCCACACCCUCGGGUCUAGCCGCGAGCGCGACGAGCGACGACGCGACGGCGACGACGGACGGAACGCGUUUUGGAACGGGAACUCCACCGUCUGGGGCGGCGACGAGAGCCGCGGAGGAGGGAGCGACGACGGCGACGACGCGAGAGGCUGA